CCUCCCACAAUCCUUUGCGGUGGUUGAAAAUAACCAACACGGCCAUGUCAUGUCGUAGAAAUCAAUUUGGGCACGGACGACAGAAACUCACUUCUUAAAUUAAUUUUACCGGUUAAAUUGUCUUGAAGUCGUAGUCGUGAUCGUUGUUAUUUUGACGCCUCUGUUAAGAGAGGAACAUUUAACACCCAAACACGUGCGUUCGCGAUUGAAAAGGGGUCAAAAUGAGCGGAGGAGGAACGCCGUAUAUCGGUAGCAAAAUUAGCCUCAUCUCCAAGGCCGAGAUUCGCUAUGAAGGAAUUUUGUACACCAUAGACACUGAAAACUCCACCGUAGCGCUCGCCAAAGUUCGCUCUUUUGGAACUGAGGAUAGGCCCACCGAAAGGCCCAUCCCGCCCCGGGAUGAGGUGUUUGAGUACAUCAUCUUCAGGGGCAGCGACAUUAAGGACUUGACCGUAUGCGAGCCUCCUAAAGCUACCAGCAGCCUGCCUCAAGACCCUGCCAUCGUUCAGUCAUCCCUUGGAUCGAGCAGCAGCUCAGUGGGCCCGUCGGCGCCGUUCCAGUCUGCUGGAACCUAUGCUCCCUUCAGGGCUCCGGUGCAAACCUAUGGACAGUUCGGUGGCGCGGCCAUGGGCGCUCCGCAGUUUGGCGCGCCCGGGGGACGUAGUAGUCCUCAGCUGGACUCACUUGCAAAGAGCUCCGCCCUGGACCAGGCCACGCAGGCCCCCUCGGCUGCCACAGCGCCGCCGGUCGGGCAAAGGACUCAGGCGGCGCCUCGACCCACCGGGACCUCUGUUGGCCACCAGAAGCCCCCGGACCUCCUGGAGCAGCGAAAAGCCCCCGACGUGCCAAAAGUUGCCCACGGGGAUCACGAGCAUACCGCCGUUGAAAACCGGGACCCCAACAGGCGUCAAGGAGGUCAGUGCUACCUGUCGGGAGGCGGCCAGCCGGUGCGUCGUGGGCGCGGGCGGAGCAGCCGCAGCCGAGGCAAAGUGAACGUGCGCCGGGAUGGGAUGAUGAAGUUCGAGGAGGACUUUGACUUUGAGACGGCCAACGCUCAGUUCCACAAGGACGACAUCGACAAGGAACUGCAAAGCAAGCUCAAGCUCAGAGAUGACAAGGUGGAAAAGACGCAGAAUGGCGAAGAGGCCGACCCCGAACAUCCAGGUGCGGAGGCACCAGUCGAGGAAGAGGAGGCAGCGAUACCGCCCUGUUAUUACGACAAGACCAAGUCCUUCUUUGACAACCUGUCCUGCAACGACUCCAAUAAAUCGCAUGAUGGAGGAUUCUCAAGGCAACGGAGGUCGACCUGGGCAGAAGAGCGGCGGAUGAACGCCGAGACAUUCGGCAUCCCGCUGAGGCACCAUCGCGGCCGAGGGGGGUACCGCGGCAGCAGAGGCUACAUGGCGCCCCGCGGGGGCCGGGGAAGGCCGUCUGGCCGAGGCUCUUUUGGCCCGCCUCGAGGGGCGCCGCCCGGCUUCCGAGGCGGCUUCAGGGGUGGAAGAGGAGGCCGCGAGUUCUCCGACUUUGAAUAUGCGAAAGACAACAAGGUGGCGGCGUAGUCCUGCCCCACUCGCACGAUGACCAAUCGUGGCUCUUUCAACACAUGUUCUUGGGUCCCGACAUUUGCUAGGAAGGAAGAAGACGCAGCAGCGUGUCACCUCCAUUUUCUUUUUCUUCUUCCAUUUUGAGUUACAAGUGGUGUAAAUAAGUGGAGUCGGUCAGUACGCCGACUGUGCUUAGAUAGCUUUAUUCUUCCAUUUCAUUUUGUCUUACUUCAAUUUUGGACGCGACAUGUCGAAACAGCCUGAAGGAAACCAAAUUUUGAGCACAUCCAGCAUGAUGAAGUGCUUGGAGAGAAGUCCACUUUAAACUUUUUUUUUUCUUCUUCUUCUUCUGAGCGCGCUUUCAGUAGUUAGCCAUCGGCCAAAAAAAGUUUGCAUUUAUCUCCUCAGUCAGACCCUUACUUUCACCCAGAAUGACUUCUCCAAUAUUUUUCUGUGAAGCUUUUUGUUUAGUUUUCUCUAAAACAAAAAGGGACAGCAACUGGAUAUGUGACAUGAAUGAUUAAAAUUUUCAUUAUUUUGGCUCCACUUCGUAUUUAGGGCGUGCCUUCUAGGUGGGAGGAGUGGUUGAUCCGGGAUUUUUCUACAGCUCUCCCUUUAAUGUUGAUGCUUUCUGGCAGAUGUGUUGAUUAAAAAAGCAGUAGGAGGUGGUGAACUUGUUACAAAUUAAAUAAUAAAUGGAAAUUAAAUAAUGAAUAGCAAAUGCAUAGUAAUGUAUAUGUAUAAGUUAUUGUUGCACACGUGAGCCCGACACUGCAUGAUGACCGAUCCGUCGAUUUUAAACCAGCCCGAGACGGAUGGGAGAAUUAUCCAUAGAGAGCCAUUUGCAACUGUUUAGUUUUCGUAAAUUUGUUACUUCUUCCGAGCUUCUGGAACUUUUGGGAAAACCAAGGAAUUUUUGUUUUUCCUCCUUGAGAGCAUCAUAAAAAUUUUUACAGUUAAAAACAAAAUAAAGAGUUCAAAAGUG